AUGCUGUACAAUUUGGUUGUGGAAGGUUUAGAAACCAAAAUGAUUUUAGACGAAGAAAGUUUAAGAUUUGAAUCAAAUGGAACUGAAAGUACCAGUUACCCGUUCGAUGAUAUCAUAGGAUGUGAAGAGAUAGUGACGGGAUGGUUUUGGAAGACCGAGAUAACUCGGGUGUGGCUAAUUGAACACGGUCCUUCGAACUUAUUAUUGAAGAAAUGCAGGAAUGUGUCUGGGGAUCAAAGAAAACGUUUUCAACACGAUUUAACAAACAAAAUAUCCAAUGAAACAAAGCGUCCAAAAAGAGUUUUAGUAAUGAUCAACCCCAUCGGCGGCAACGGUACUGCAAAGAAGGAUUUCAAAGACAUCAUCGAGCCGGUUUUCAGACUUUCGAGAAUAUCAAUGAAGACAAUCUUGUCUGAGCAUCAUCGACAUUUAAUUGAUGUUGCCAACACUUAUGACUUUACAAAUACCGAUGGGAUCGUACUACUGGGAGGUGACGCGACAUACCAUGAAGUACUCAACGUAUUGACGAGAAAGAGACAGGAGGAACAAGGCGUGGAUAUUAACGAUCAAAAUGCAGCAUUAUCUCCCUUGAACAUUCCAAUAGCAUUGAUACCAACAGGAAGUAGGAAUCAAUGGGCAAGAAGUAACACGGGCACGCAAGAUGUUUUAACGGCUGCUCUUCAUGUAGUCCAAGGUAGAACCGUGUCCUCUAAUUUGCUGGCCCUAUACAGUAAUGACAGACUGAUUAGCUUUGGGUGUGCAGUCUCAACCUACGGAUUCAUUAGGGAUAUCGUCUGUUACUCAGAUAGGAAAUUUCGUUGGCUUGGACGAUUCCGUUACAACCUUCUUUCCAUGUGGAUGAUUCUGUUUAAAUCUCACACACACCAUGUAUACGAUGCCAAAGAUGCAUUCCAUGCAUCAGUCGUUGAACGAUAUAACAAUGAGAACAACGAGACAGAGAUCUUCGUUGAAGGAAGGAAGCUCUCUGGAUUCAGUUCUUUUACUUCUGAGACAGUGGUGUUCAACCGGAGGUUCUGGGAGAUGAUGAUCUUCAACGGAAACAUUGUCUUUGGAAGUAAUGUCGUUCCAGACCCCUCAAGAAUGUUUGCCCCUAAAUUGACGACGUUUUCAUCUAUAAUCAUUUAUGACACCAUGCCACUCGGGUCUGUACGCAGGUUUUUCAGCAAUAUCUUAAACGUGAAACCAAUGGAAGUGUUCAGUGACGAGAUGGAGGUUGUCAAUGCCCGUGGACUCUCUGUGGAAAUUCCAGAACGUUUUGAAGACAUGCACCCGAGUAUGAAGACGUUGAUGAGAAUCAUACUGCCAGAUGGAGAGAUAUACGAACUCGAAUAUCCAUCAUUUCAAAUAUGGUACAAAGAUGACGUUGUGCAGAUCUUCUCAAGUUAUCUGUGAAAUAUCUAUGAUAUACCACAAUAUGUUUAUUUAUCGCGUUAUAGACUAUAUAUGGUUUGUUAGUAUAUCUUGCUUUUAUCAUAUGAAGUCUCCUCAUAUGCAUUGUUUAUCAGCGUUUUUAUCAUACGUUUAUGGAUAUGUCGAAUUUCUUCUUCUGUCAAUAUUGUUUCAUGAUAUGUUUUGUUACAGUUAAUGUUCUUUAUUCUUUUAAAUUAUCGUUUUGCAUUGAGUCCGUAUCUUAUAAACAUCAUUGACAAACUGUGCAAGUCAAAGAGCGCCUUUGAUUCAAAACUUAGACUCUAACAUGGGAUGGUUUCUAGAACAUUUAGUUAUUAUGUACAUAUUUUACGAAUCAUAUGAAUGAUUAUGUCAAUCAUUUGAUUUUUAUAGUCCGCUCUUUAUGUUUACAAAUUAACACACCAAAAUUUAUUCGGCGCUCUUGACACUAGAAAUAACAUUCAAGAAUGAGUUUGAAACGCGCUUAAACUGUCAAUUCUUUGUAUCUAUUAGAAAUCUAGGAUACUUCUGCGCCUUAGAUAAUAAAGACGGAUAACGAUGAUCUAUUAAUCGUAUUAUGUAUGGUAAAUUCCUCACGCAAGGCACUGAAUAUAAUUAUCAUACUAGAACUAUUUUCAUCAUUCACAACACUCCAAACUUUCUCAGUCGGAUCCAAAUCGAGUGAAUUACCCAUGAUUCUAUCAAUUUACUUAAGCAUAGUACCUGGUAAGAGAACAUGAAAGAGAAAAUAAUUUUUAAGACUCAUUCUAGGUUUGUACUUUUGAAAUCAAGAUGCAUCAAGCAUAAAUAUAUUUCAUGAAUUUUACUGUUUUGUAAGUAUAUACAUAUCGUACAUUAACAACAUGCUAGUGCUUAUUAUCGUUCUUUGAUUCCAUCUCUGCAAUAUUCAUUUCAACUAUCGAUUUGUAUAAUCUUCCAUCUACUCUAUACAAGGGAUAUAGCAUAUACUUUUUAAAGUAUAGUUAAGGGUCUUGUUCUUGGUUUUAUCAUAUUUUGUCCCCUUUCCCAAAGGAUGCCUUUAUUGGCAAGUUAGGUUGACAUUGAUGAUGAAUAUGAGAAUAAAAUAGAUAAUGUAAAAAUGACCAACAAACUCCGAACAAAGUUUGGUCAGAAAGGAAAGACAAGAAAUCCAGAAACAACAUAUCCUCAAAUUGUUGUGUAAGCUAUUUUAACUGAUCAGGAUAGAUAUCCGAUUUACAAAUGUACACGUGAGAAGAAAAUGGUGAACAGUGAGAAUGAUUGUUUUACUUUAAACUGAUUGCACCUAAAUCCUAACGAAUAACUUUCGCAGCUAUGGAACUUCGAAAACCAGUAGUGUUUUAAGAAUUAACGUGAAUUUUACUCCUUAUUUAUGAAUAUAUGUAUUAACCAAUAUUUUUCAAAAACAAACAUUGGGUGUUUCAAUGUAUUUUGCUUCUUAAUAAAAGAUGGACUUUUCAACUGGAGAUAAAAACCAACAUGUGAACACAAUGUAAAUAUCACUGAUAGAUCACCAGUUUGAUUAUAAUGUAUAUUAUAAUGAUAUUAUGAUAUCCCAUCUGGUGUGUUG